UGGUGCCUCGUCAUUCUUCGCAGGGGCGCCACACAGAGAGGACAGUGACCGCUACUUACCCUCUGUUACUGCUGCUGUCGCUACUUCUGCUCUCUGCUACCCAACUCCCUCCCAUUCACACACACACACACACACACACACACACAUAUAUAUACACCUCCUUCCCCUGCUGUCUAUUUUUUCCCGCCUCAUCACUACACUAACCAUAACAAACCACUUUUGUUUUUAACUUCCAUCUAUUGUUAGAUUUCCGUUUCAAGUAGCUCACAUUUUUUUUUAAUCCUACUACAGAUACAAAUUUUAAAAGAUCCUGUCUACCUCUUUAUAUUCAUCCAUUUAUUUAGCUAUCCCUCGUUGCCUGAAAUCACUUCCUAACUAUCAUACGUGGUGGGUUUUUUUUCGUUUCAUUUGUUUCAGUCACGUUACGUCUGGUUCAGUUAAUAGUUUUCUUUCCUUCAGCAACUUUUGUCGUAAUUCAUUGGUUAUUUCCGUAAAUAUUGAGGAAGUAGUCGUGUUCAAAUCUGUGUUUCAUUAUCUACAACCUCAGCAUGUGAUUUAGUAAGUUAUUUAUGGUGUACGCUCAUAAAUAACAAGAACAGCAACAACAACUAUUAUUCAUUUUGUCAUUUACUUGAAUUAAGCUAAGUGGCUACUACUACUACUACUACUACUACUACUACUACUACUACUACUACCACCACCGCCACCAUUAACAACAUUCCCUCAGUUUACCAAUAAUCACCAUCCAACACCACCACCUUCACCACCACCACCACUACCACCUUCAUCACCACCACCACCACCCUCUUCACCUCCCUCCAUGUCCCUCGUGGCUCCUUUCCCGCCGGCGGUCUGCUGAAGGAACCAAACGGGCCAUGGCAUCCUUGUGGCUCUUCCCAACCCUCCUGCUGCUCCUCCUGCUGCUCCUGCUGCUGCUCCUGCCCGUCCUGGCCUUCGUCGGUGCAGAGGAGGGCGGCCGCGUGAGACAGAGCCCCGCCCCGCCGGACUUCGCGCACCCCGCCCACAACGUGACGGUGGAGGAGGGGCAGGAGGUGACGCUGGCCUGCUCCGUCACCAACCUGCAGGGCUACCAGCUGGCAUGGGUGCACGAGGACACACAGACCAUCCUGAGCGUGGGGGACCAGCUGUACACGCAGAGCCCAAGGUUAUCGCUCAACACCGACAGGCACGGGGCGGAGCUGACCAUCUCGCCCGUGCUGGCAGACGACCGCGGCUGGUACAUGUGCCAGCUCAACACGCGGCCCAUGACCUACACUCGGAGCUACCUGCAAGUGCUGGUGGCCCCGGCCCUGGAGGAGUGGUCCGGAGCAUACGUGGAGGCCAAGGAGGGGUCCAGCGUGUCCCUGCUGUGUCGGGCGCGCGCCUACCCGCCCGCACGCACCACCUGGAGGCGCUCUGACGCUGACCCGAUCUUCCGCUCACCCCGCACAGUAUGGAGCGUCAUGGGGGAGGUGCUGGAGUUCUCCUCGGUGCGGCGUGACCACGGGGGCUCCUACACCUGCAAGAUCGACAACCGAGUCACGGCGCCCGUCACCCGCACCACACACCUGACCGUCACCUACGCCCCGGUGCUGUGGCUGGGGCGGGAGCGGGUGGGCGUGCGAGCAGGCUCCAGCGUGACCCUCAACUGUUCCAGCGAAGCCAAUCCGCCGCCGAGACACUUCUGGGCGGUCAACGGCAUCAACCUCACCACCACCACUAUCGCCAACGACAAGUACGAGGUGGAGGAGGCGCGCACGGCCCCCACGCGGACCCAGGUGCUACUGACGGUGCGGGAGGUGGGGCCGGAGGACUACACCAACUACGACUGCCACGCGGUGAACCCCACAGGGACAGCCAGGGGCACCAUCAGGCUGUACGAGAUUAAGGAUCGGAUAAUCACCGAGCCCACCAGACCCCCCCUACCCCCCACACGCUCCCCAUCCUCAGAGACGCUUCCCCAUCCCCCAUCGCGUCUCCACCCCACCCCGGAGGACCCCAGGGGAAGAAAACACACCCGGCUGAAGACCAACAGACUGCCGGGGGAGUGGGGCUGGGGGAAUGGGGAGGAGCAACGGGGGCAGCAGAAGCACCUAGAGGGCAGCACCGACACCCACAAUAAGGAGAGGACAAACUACCGCCCGAAGAGUGGGAUCAACGCCUCUUUAGCAGUCGGGGAUUCCUUUAGCGGGGGCAUGAGAGGUGUUGGGAAGAUUGGAGGUCCUAGUGAUCCCUUUUCUUCCCAUUCUUCCUCCCAACGACCUCUCCCCGGUCUCCUCCCUCUCGUGUUCUCCCUCCUCCUCCUCUUCCUCUUCCCUCCUCGCGUGGUGCUCAAGUCCCCAGGUGCUCAGUGAAGGUGGAAUCGGUGCUGUGUGCGUGGUGCUGUGCUGUGCUGUGUUGUCCCGUGCUGUGUUAAGUUGUGCUGUGCUGCUGUGUUCCGGAUGCUGUUCUGAAUUUCGCUGUGGUUAGGAUGAUUUGCAUUUUAUUAACUACUUAUCUUCCAGUUUGUACAUUCAUUUAUUUAGCUGUUUAUUCUUUCAUUUACUUGUUUAUCUAUUCGGUGAGAUGAAGCUCAGUGGAAAAAACAAUGCAGAAAGAUAUGAAAAUCUAUUAUACUCUUUAUAUCUACUAAGAAUUACUGAGCGUGUGGUGUCGUUAUCGUUUUCAGCAAUAUUUUCCCUUUCUAGAACUGUGAUAUAUCGUUACAUACUUUUCUUGCUACUUAGCUUUACAAAGUGACGAAAAUACUUGAAAAAAAAUGGACCUUGGAAAAUAGAAAAAAAAAAAAGACGUUACUCGCUGUGAACGCAAAGGGCAACUGACGUGCUACAAGUUUUCGUGUUCGUCGUUCUAGAGUGAGUGUUCGUUGUGUUGCGUCUACCGUUGUGUUGUCACCAGGGGGCAUUGCAAUAUGUCAUACACUCAUUAUUUCUGUACUGAUGAGGGAAGGGUCAUCCAUUACAUCAGGAUCAUUCCCUACUGUUUCGUAUCAUCUCACUUCAAUCAAUUAAACUUUGGAUUGGAGGUCAGCAAAGAAUGAGUAGGAGGAGAGAAACAAAGGAAAAUAAAUGAAGGAAAAGCCAGGAGGAAGGCAGGCAUGAUCAUUAACUUGAGAUGCACCAAAAAAUAAAUAAAAGGAGAGAGCAAGGAUAGCCAUAACUUCAAUACGUGUUAUAUUUUUGUUAUAAAGUACAGGGGAAUCGGUUAUAGCUGCAGUCUCUCCUGAAAGAAAAAUUAAUUAACGAAUAACAAAAGAAAAAAAUAAGAAAAGAAGGUAAGAUUUCAGAGAGAGAGAGAGAGAAAGGGGGAAAAAGAGACUGCUGCGACCAAUACAAUAAUGUUUUCUGGUCCAGACGACUCGGGUUAAUCCUAUAAGUUAGUCCAGCGUCUCAGCCCUUCGUGGAACAAUCCGCCGACGCUCGAGAAAGACGAAGAAAGACAAAUGUACUGAGGAAAAUGACACACACCAAAAGAAUCAUCGUUACAAGGCAGAGAACGUUGCUUCGGCAUAUUUUUACACACGAAACACUUACUGCUGAUUUUUCUUAAGAUUACUUUAACAUGAACAUCACAUUUAGAUAUAUAUUCUUUAUUUAUCUCCUCCCUCUCGUCUCCCACCCUCGUCCCUAUUAACAGCCAUUUUCUCACUUAUCAUUUAUCAUCUUUUGCUUUUUCUUCUGUUUUCGUCUUCUCUUUCCUCUUUCUCACUUAACUUUAUUCUUUUUUUUAUGAUUUCUCUCUUUCUGUCUUUUCCAAGUGAUUGAUGAACGCACAUUAUCUUAUUUUCAUGUUGCUGAUACUCAUAUUAUUCUCUCACUUGUGUUCUGAUUGCGAGCAUCAAAGUUUUCUUGUAUCGCUUCAACAUUUUCCUUUUUAUCACUUAUUUUACUUAAGAAUACACAAAGAUACAAGGAGUCUGCAGAGGGACAGUCGACCUUCACAACGCAGCUCAUGAAAAAGUUAUCCAGUCUCUGCAAUCUUCAGUUUCAUCCAUAAAUCUUUCUCAGCCUCCAUUUGAACCUCGUCCGUAUUUACAUUACACGGCCACUUUCCUUCUCAGAUUGUUCCGUUCAUCCAUUCUUGGGUCAUCCACACGAAGUCGACGGGUUGUUCUCAGUCGCUCUGGGUCGCCGGGUUCAUAAACAUCUCCCACAUGUCAACAGUAAGAUACAUGGAUAGCAUAAACGCGUAUAUGUAUAAACUCCCACUAUGUGUAUACAACAACAGAAUCGAACUCUAUUUAUAUAUAUGUACAGGCUCAAGGCUAUCACUACGUCUAUGUACACACUCGCAUACACACAGAGAAUAACGUCAUCGUGGUCAUCGUCGUCGUCGCUUGAGUAUUGCACAUGGAGUGACUUUCCGACUCUUGUGUUACAUGGAAAAGUUAUGUUUAUUGGAAAAGAAUAAUGUUUUGAGAUGUUCAGUGUUCAUUGUGUGCGUCAAGGUGUCUGAUGUCCCCCGCUGUCCCCCUCCCCCUUAACCCCCCUGUACACCGCCUUAUUUAACGUGACGUGUUGACGUAGGAGCAGACCUUCGUGUAAACAAGAAUAACCUGCGCGAAACGUGACGUGUA